GAAACGAAAGCGUACUAAAUGAUAGAAAGAGCCGUUACGAUUUCUCUCUUUUCUCCAUCAAACACAUAACUUUCUAAAAAAACCCUCAGGUGUUUUUCCCCCUUUCUCUCUCUCUCUGAGUAACACUAACAUUCCUUUCUUCAAACCCUAAAUGAUUCAUUGUUAACAUUUUUCUGUAAUUGGGCUUCAUUUUAUUGAAAUUCGUGUUCAUCAGUAGCUCUUGAUUUUCCGGCGGCCUUCAAGAUUUCACUGCACUUUGUUCUCUCUCUAACUAAAAAGAUCAGAAGUGAAUUGCAAAAGAAUAGUAUAAUUUGUAAAGAUGACGGUGGGGACACCGGCCACACCAGCAUCAAAGAUCAGGAGGACCCCUUCAUGUACUCCCAGUGGUACUCCAGGUGGUUCAAAGGUUCGCGAGGAGAAGAUACUCGUCACAGUUAGAGUAAGGCCACUUAGCCCAAAAGAGCAAGCAGCCUAUGAUCUUAUUGCCUGGGAGUGCACAGAUGAGCAAACAAUUCUUUCCAGAAAUCUAAAUCACGAGAGACCUACAGGCCCAUAUACAUUCGAUAAAGUUUUUGAUCCAACCUGCUCUACUCAGAAGGUUUAUGAAGGAGGUGCUAGGGAUGUCGCUCUCUCUGCUCUAAAUGGAAUUAAUGCAACAAUAUUUGCAUAUGGCCAGACUAGCAGUGGUAAGACAUUUACCAUGAGGGGGAUAACUGAAAGUGCUGUCAAGGACAUCUAUGAACACAUCAUGCACACUCCCGAGAGGGACUUUGUUCUAAAAUUUUCGGCCUUGGAGAUCUACAAUGAGACUGUAGUAGACCUCUUGAAUCGUGAUUCUGGCUCCCUACGGCUACUGGAUGAUCCUGAGAGAGGGACUAUAGUGGAGAAACUAAUUGAAGAGGUUGUUAAAGAUGGUCAACAUUUAAGGCACUUAAUUGGUAUUUGUGAAGCUCAAAGGCAAGUUGGUGAAACUGCUUUAAAUGAUAAAAGCUCAAGAUCGCAUCAGAUAAUUAGGCUGACCAUACAGAGCAGUCGCCCAGAAAAUUCAGGCUGUGUGAAAUCUUUCGUGGCAAGUCUGAAUCUUGUGGACCUCGCUGGGAGCGAACGUGCUUCCCAAACAAAUGCAGACGGUACUAGAUUGAAGGAAGGAAGCCAUAUUAACCGCAGCUUAUUGACUUUGACGACAGUGAUUAGAAAGCUAAGUGGUGGAAGGAGGAAUGGUCACAUCCCUUACAGAGAUUCAAAACUCACAAGAAUAUUGCAGCAUUCACUUGGGGGAAAUGCUCGAACAGCAAUAAUAUGUACUAUGAGUCCUGCUUUAAGCCAUGUGGAACAAUCACGGAAUACUCUCUUGUUUGCAACUAGUGCUAAGGAAGUUACAAACAGUGCCCAAGUAAACAUGGUUGUUGCAGACAAGCAAUUAGUGAAGCAUCUGCAGAAGGAAGUUGCAAGACUUGAAGCAGAGCUGCAAAGUCCAGAACCUUCUUCCUCUUCAUGUUUAAGGACUUUACUUAUGGAAAAGAAUUUGAAAAUCCAGAAGAUGGAGAGGGAGAUGAAUGAGCUGAAGCGUCAGAGAGAUGCUGCACAAUCCCAACUUGAACUAGAAAGAAGGGCAAACAAGGAGCCAAAGGGGUUAAACCAAUGUGGGCCUUCUCGUCAAGUAGCCAAGUGUCUUUCUUUUUCUGCCAAUAAUCCAUCAGUUUCAAAUAGACCUGUUUUGGAAACUCGGGGAAGAAAGACACUUGGAAGGCAGGCAAUGGUGAGGCAGUCCUCUACUUCUACAGAUCCAUCCAUACUUGUUCAUGAAAUUCGGAAGCUUGAGAUGCUGCAGAAGCAGCUUGGUGAAGAAGCUAAUCGAGCACUUGAAGUGCUUCACAAGGAGGUUUCAUCUCACAAGCUGGGCAGCCAAGAUGCUGCUGAAACCAUAGCAAAGCUACUGUCAGAGAUAAAGGACAUGCGAGCAAUUAGUUCCAUUAAUGAAGAAAUUGAGAUUAGGGCUAAAGGCAGUCUGAAGGAAGAAAUAAUUCGAUUGAACUAUGAAGGAAGCAAUAUUGCUUCUCUAGAAGAAAAGCUUGAGCAUGUUCAGAAGUCUAUCGACAAGCUGGUCAUGUAUUUUCCGGAUGGUGAGGAGACUCCAGACUCCAAGAGCCAAUUGAAGAAGAAAAAAAUCCUUCCUUUUACCCUCAGCAAUACUGCCAAUAUGCCCAAUAUAAUACGGUCUCCGUGCUCUCCUUUGUCCUCUUCUCGCAAAGUAAUGGAAUAUGAAAUUGAGAAUAGGGUCCCUGAGAGUAAUGAACAUGUUUCUAGAGGGGAGAUAUUGCAAGGUCACAGGGCUACUACUCCACUGAAGAAUGAUGAAGACAGUAACUAUAUGUCAUCAAGGGAGGGUACUCCUGCAUCACGGAAAUCUAAUUCAGUUAAUGUGAAGAAAAUGCAAAAAAUGUUCAAGACAGCGGCUGAGGAGAACAUUCGAAGCAUUAAAGCUUAUGUUACAGAGCUGAAAGAACGUGUGGCAAAGCUACAAUACCAAAAGCAGCUUCUGGUCUGCCAGGUGUUAGAGCUGGAGUCAAGUGAGGCUGUAAAUGAGGAGACGGAUAUAGUUGAUCAAUCUCCCAUGUCAUGGCACUUGGUGUUUGAGGAUCAAAGAAAGCAAAUUAUAAUGUUGUGGCAUUUGUGCCAUGUUUCAAUUGUACACCGUACACAAUUUUAUUUGCUUUUCAGAGGAGAACCUGCUGAUCAGAUAUAUAUGGAAGUAGAACUUAGAAGGUUGACGUGGUUGGAGCAGCAUUUGGCAGAGCUUGGCAACGCAAGCCCAGCGCUCCUCGGUGAUGAACCUGCAGGCUCCGUUUCAGCAAGUAUCAAGGCUCUCAAGCAGGAGAGAGAAUAUCUAGCAAAGAGAGUAAGUUCAAAACUAACAGCAGAAGAAAGAGAGAUGCUCUAUAUAAAAUGGGAUAUCCCACCGGAAGGAAGACAGAGAAGGAGGCUGCAACUGGUGAACAAACUGUGGACAGACCCUCUUAACAUGCAACAUGUACGAGAAAGUGCUGAAAUUGUUGCGAAGCUCGUUGGAUUUUGUGAAUCUGGAGAGCAUGUUUCCAAGGAGAUGUUUGAGCUUAAUUUUGUACCCCCUUCUGACAAAAAGACAUGGAUGGGCUGGAAUUUGAUAUCGAAUCUCUUGCAUCUGUAAGGAAACACGUUAUAUAGAUUCAUUGAUUUCUUUUUGUUAGCUCCCAAUUCGUUGGAAGUUUUAUAUUUAACACCUGAUUUUUUGCUUGUGCUAUUAUCCAUUUAACCAUUUUAUAAAAUGUAUGUAAUGAAAAAAAAAUGGUAGUACUAGGCAUUUAUAGCAGCAGCAGCAGCAAUAUUAAGAAAACGACUCCACGGCUUGGUAACAAGCAAGCAGACUUCAUGUAUAUAUUAGAAUCGUGUACCAGGUCUUUGAACAACAGAUGGUGUGACUCAAAUUUAUCCAGGAUGUAUCAAAUUCUUUAUUUUUUUGGUUGGCAUUUGUUGUAAAAAUAA